AUGUCCGCACGUUUGAAGCGUCUCGAGGGCAUGGUGCGGGAGAUGAUGGACUCUGAAGGUGCAGCCCCAGGAACCCAAGCAAGUACCGGAGCCGGCGCAGGAUUGGCGAAUGGUACUGCCACAGGACCGGACGUCCAAGGCCAUGUCGUACACAGCAAGAAAGGGGCAACCUACGUUGGCGCGACGCAUUGUAUGGCAAUGCUGGAAGAUAUUGAGGACUUGAAAGACUACUUUGAGCAGCCUGAAGAAGUAGGAGAGGAUCAAAUCCUAGACGAUGAGAUUGAUCCUACAGAAGUCAUGUUGAACACAAGAGCUGGACCAAGGAACCGAGAGGAGCUGCUUAGUCGCCUACCGGAGAGAAAGGUCGCAGAUAGACUUCUUUCGCGUUACUUUGCGUCGAUGAGUCCUUCGCAACAUAUUGUUCACCGGCCAGUUUUCACCAGGCAGUAUUCUAAGUUCUGGCAAGACCCAAACGAAGCAUCAUUGCAUUGGAUAGCGCAAUUAUUCAUGAUGCUCAGCCUUGGCGUAUUUUUCAAUAAGUUUAUCAACUCAAGUGAGCUCGAGGGUGACUCUCCUCUCCCAGCUCAGGACAGGAUCCGUCACUACAAGGCUUGUGCUGGAUGGGCUCUCGUCUGGGGCAAAUACACGCAACCAUCCUCGGCGACACUCCCAGCGUUCUUGCUCUACGUUGAGUCAUCUUUCCUCUUUAACCGUGCAGCUCAAAUGAACUGCUACGUACUCUCAGGCGUGUGCAUCCGUCUGAUGCUCAAGAUGGGUCUCCAUAGAGACCCAAGUAAGCUGGCGAACAUCUCGUCUUAUGAGGGCGAGAUGCGCAGGCGCAUGUGGAACAUGGCCAUUCAGGUCGAACUUCUGGUUUCUUUCCACAUGGGCCUCCCAAGUAUGCUACAAGGUAUAGAAACUGAUACUGCAGUACCACGAAAUCUAGACGACCAUGACUUUGACGAAGAUUCGACGGAAUUGCCUCUUAGUCGACCACCUACAGACUGGACCUCCAUGACAUAUCCAAUCCAUAAGACACAGAUUCUUCGGGUGUUUGGACAGAUCGCGAGACAAGCUCAUGCUCUGACACCACCAAGUUAUGCUGAGGUCGCCAAGCUCGACAACUUGCUGCACGAGACCUGGAAGAGUGUCCCAUCUUUCAUGAUGGUACGCCCACUAGAUGAGUGUGUUGGUGAUCCGCCAGUUCUGCUCAUCCAACGUUUCGGGUUGACAGCCCUAUACAACAAAUGCCGUAUUGUAUUGCAUCGUCGGUAUCUCGCAGAGGCAAUUCCGCAACGUGAGCAUGAUUACUCACGCAGGCAAUGUCUGGAGGGUGCUUUGUCGCUGCUCAAUUACCAACACAUUAUCUGGGAAGCUUGCAAGCCAGGACACGUAUUGAGCCAGCAUGGUUGGUUUGUCUCGUCCCUCGCGGUCCAUGACUUUCUCAUGGCCGCAAUGGUGCUUUACCUGGUCAUCAAGAAUGAAAAUUACUCAGAGGUUGGAAGUGACUAUGACUGGAUGUCGCAGACUGCACCAACGCCAACUAAAAAUGAGUUAAUUUGUAUGAUCAAGAGGUCUUGGCUCAUUUGGGCAGAUGUGUCACGAGACGCAGUGGAAGUCAAGAAAACAGCAGAUACACUGGCUACAAUGUUGGCCAAGCUCGGAGCUUCAGUUGAAGAGCCAGCAAGUGCCCUUGAACAAGCUGGUCCCAGUGUCAGUGGUGAUAACGAAUACUCUUCGCUUGGGACUCCAUCUGUAGACCCUAGCACACUGGGGUCGAUCGGAGGUGACCCGGUACUGCUCUCGAGUCUGGGGUUGGGCUCAUCAACGGGAUCUGCAUCAGACCAGACACCCCUGGAUCUCAAUCUGGCAGGAGAUGCAGGAACUAGCAUGAACUUUACGAAUAUGGGGACAGAAGGUCUUCAGUUUGAUCCGGCUUGGAUGGAUACUGCAGCUAGCAACAUGGACUGGCGUUACCUCGACAUAUCGCUGGCUCACAGUCAUGAUGCUGGACGCAACGAAGACACUGGUCAGACGUGGAUAGAGAGGGCACCACCAUUGGAACAAAUGGAUAUCAUGAGUUCAGGAAUAUGGAUUCCAGAUCAUCCUGAAUCCACUUGA